AUUACAGGCCACGCUCUUGAUCUCCAUAUGUCACCCGUGGGGACACGUUACAACGUGUGGGCCAAACAGUACGGGCACACGUACAAACUGUAUGGAGCAUUCUCGGAGCGCUGGCUCAUAAUGGGCGAUCCUAAGGGAAUAUCCCAUGUGUUGUCUGCAAAGGCCUUGAACUACGUUCGCCCCCAUGUCGAUCGCGUCGUCUUGGGACUCUGGUUCGGGCAGGGACUAUUCACUGCAGAAGGC